GUAUGGAAUACUAGUUCAUAGUCUACGUUCAUUUCAUUAAAAUUGCCAUGAGAAUGCACCUUUUUUAUAGAUGCGUAUCUAAACAGAAUACAUGAUCCUCGUGUCGUAAUGUAGAAAAAAGCUACCAAAAUGUCAAGAAGACAACACCAUGUAUUUUCGAUCCAGUGUCACAGAAUUUGAACUAAAAAUUGUAUUAAGAACAAAUUAAAUUUCAAAAAAGCAUGGAACUUAUGCGAAAUCUUGUUACUUGUAAAUUAAAAUGUUAUCUUCUCAAAGCACCGAAAAAAUUUUGUUUGUAUCAUGUAAGACACAUCAGAUUGGCUGAAGUAGGAAAAUUAGAAACACCAAAAUUACAAGGAAAGUAUGAAACUGGUCAAUUAAUUCUACACAGAGUAUUUGGUUACAGAGGUGUGAUAUUGUUUCCUUGGACAGCAAGAGUUUAUGACAGAGAUAUUCCAAAUAAAAGAGAAAGUGACACAAAUGAUCACUAUAAUAGCGUGGGAAAAGAAGUGAAAGGUAGAACUCAUACUUUUUACCAGGUAUUAAUUGACCAAAGAGAUUAUCCUUUUAUACGUGCUCAGACAGAAGCUGUAACAUUUUUGAGUAACCAUGAAAGCAGUCAUAGCUUAUACACAGUCCCAGGAUUGGAUUAUGUUGCUCAUGAAGAUGUUUUACCUUAUACCACAAAUGAGAAAACUGCAUUGCAACAUGAACUAUUUGACAAAUUUCUAACAUAUAAUCCAAGUCAAGAUCCAUGUUUUGUUGCACAAGAAACUCUAAGAGCAUGGCAAAAGAAGAAUCAUCCAUGGUUAGAAUUAUCAGAUGUACAUAAAGAAACUACUGAAAAUGUUCGUGUUACUGUUAUUCCGUUUUAUAUGGGUUAUAGAGGAAAUCAAACUACAGCUGCACAUUGGUGGCGCUAUUGCAUUCGAUUGGAAAAUUUGGGCGAUUUGAGUGUACAGUUACGUGAAAGACAUUGGAGAAUAUUUAGCCUUUCUGGUACGUUGGAAACUGUACGUGGACGAGGUGUUGUUGGUCAAGAACCUGUCUUGUCAAAAAUGUUACCUGCUUUUCAAUAUAGUAGUCAUGUGAGUUUACAAGCUGCGAGUGGUCACAUGUGGGGUACAUUCAGAAUGGAAAGGGAAGAUGGAUAUGCAUUUGACUGUAGGAUUCCACCAUUUUCUUUGGAAUCUAAAAUAGAGAAACCACCUACGAAUACGAACAUUGAUUCCUAACAUUGUGCAGAAAGUGAUGGAUAAAUAACACUAAAAAUUGAUGAACAAUAUAAACUUGAUAAUAUGUGUGAUCAUUACUUGUAUAUUAGAAUUUAAGCUGUGUAGUAGAUUUUGGUACAUAGUAAAUUUAUAACAAAUGAAA